AAAAAAAGGGGGUGGGGGUAGUUUUGUGGGAUUGCUUCAGUCGUUCGCAGCAAAAUUCUCAUUUCGGCUGGGAUUUUAUAAUUAAAAAAAAAAAUUGGGAAAAAAUUCGGGGAAAAAUGGGAAAGGGCUUCAACAACUACAUGUGCAAAAAGUUUUUCCAUCCAGCCUCGAGGGACAACUUGAAGAGAGUAUGGAUGGCUGAGCAGCAGGCUGAGGCAUACAAGAAGAAACAGGAGGAGCUGAGGGUUCAGUAUGAGAAGGAACAGGAUUUGCAUAACAACAAAGCUAUUUUGAGUAAAGAGAGUAAAGACAAACUCAGUGUGAAUUUUAUGUACGAGCCACCCCCAGGUGCCAAAAAGGAGCGUGAGAAAGAGGAUAAUGAACCGGAGUACAAAUUCGAAUGGCAGAGGAAAUACAAUGCACCUAGGGAGAGCUACUGCAAGGGAGACAGUGAAAUAAGGGAUCAGCCCUUUGGAAUUCAAGUGAGAAACGUCAGGUGCAUCAAGUGUCAUAAGUGGGGCCACAUAAAUACUGAUAAGGAGUGUCCGUUGUACAGUCAAGCAAUGAGUGCAGUGAUUCAGCCGAAUCCGACGAGCACGGGCACCUCGAGCUCUAAGGAAGCCCCAGAUGCCCUGACUCUGGUGCAACAGAUGAAGGAAGACGGUUUGGCCUUGAAGAAAUCAGCCCUGACAGCCCAGCAACAUCUCAGAGUACCCCAGCACGAGGAGUUGAUGGUUUCCGGGGACGACGAGCCCACGGAGGAGGAAUUUCUCAAUUCUCUCACGAGAAAAGAGAAGAAAAAAUUAUUGAAGAAAUUAGAAAAAUUGGAGAGAAAGAAGAGGCGAGAGGCGAAACGUCGAAAAAUCAAGAAAGAGGAGAGAAAAAGAAAGAGAAAGAAGAGGAAGUCCCGACCCCAAAACUCUUCUAGUAGUUCCAGCAGCAGUUCCAGCAGCAGUGACUCCUCCUCCGAGAGUAGUUCGAGUUCGGGGGAGGAUAGGAGACGCCGCAAGAGGCGAAAACCAAAAAAAAACAGGAGGGAAUCGAGUGAGGACUCCAGUGACAGCAAGGAGCGAGAGAAAUCUGUGAAAAAUCGGGGGGAGGGUGAGAAGCCUCAUCGGGAGGAAAGGAGAGACCUUGAACGACUGUCCAGGGAUCGUCACGACAGGAAACGUCGUGUCCCGGAAUUUGACGACAGAAGAAACAGACGCGACAUCAAACGCUCCAGAGAAUCGUAGAUUUUUUUACAAAAUCUUCUCCGUAUUGUUCCCGAUUUUUAAACAAUUUGUUUUAUGCUUGUUUUUCAUCGAAUGUAAGGAUCAGUUGAUUUUUAAGAGAAAUAAAAGUUUUAUCUGAGUUUA